UUUGCCAUGUCAGCUGACAGCUACCAGCUCCACACUCAUUCCUACCAGGACACACUAAGUUCUGCUUGUCAUGGUCUCUUGAAUGUCAACAGUCACCCCCUGCCAAAGAGCUCCUCGAGUCUAGCCUGUACUGGGCAAUCAACUUUAGAGGAAAGGCAAAGCAACAAACAGGAGCUGAAGAAAAGCCACAGUAGCACCAUCUGCCAUACCCUGGGAAACGAGAGUGGUGCCAGGAGUGCGCCAAGUCCUGGAUUGUCCUCCUCACAGCCUGGGAUGGUGGGACUUGGAUCAGUGGUCCAAACCCUAAGCAAUCAGUCAGCUGAUGGCAAUUCACAGAGCGGAACUAAGACUACAAACCAUUUUCUUAUUGCUGAACAGUCCCCAGCAUCCUGGGAAGUGGGGGACACUAAGAUGUGUGUAAAGAGCAGCACUGUUGAGAAUGUUUCUUCAGCCUGCAUUGUACACCAGCAAAGCCUGUGUGAAACGGAAGAACCAGGAACUGCCUUUCAGAGAAGCCACUCAGACCUAACUUGCAGCUGCAAACAGCAGACUUACGUCACUCGCAUAGAAACCAGUGCUACUCACUCCAGCCUAAGCUCUUCUAGCUGCAGGCUUGGUCCACCAGUGGCUAGGAUGUCUUUCCAAACACAGAGAUAUGGAUCAGAAACAAAUGAAAAUCCAUGUCACUAUCAAAACCUUGUGACUAAUCUUCCAGUUCUACCUAGAGACCAAAAAGUACCCCCAAAUAGCUUUGACAGCGGUGGUAUUCCAUGUAAUACUACUGUUUACACAGAUCCUGGAACAUUUCACACUGCUGUUCUAGGACCCCACAUACCUGGAAAUGGUUUCUCAAACAGGACAAUGUUCAGUCAAGCCACUGGGAUUAUUCAUGGUGGUCUGACUUACAGUAAUACUCCAAAUGCUGCAUACUCACCUGUGGUGAUGACAGUUCAUAACAAUUCUGCAGGACCCUGUAAUAUAAGGCAGGACCCUUGUAUGAAAGUAGAUGCCACCAUCCCUGCCUAUUGCCAUUCUUUGCCCAUACCAUCUAUACAACUUGUUCCACGGUUGGUAUGCUCAGUUAGCGAGUCAGGAAAAGAGCAGGCAGCACCUAGCUAUUUUCAUUCCUUUUCUACUUCAGACAUUCUGACGUAUCCUAAGCUGGUGUCUUCAGUAAGUGAAUCAGGCCUGGAUGCCAAGAAAGUCCUGAAGUGCUGUAGCAUUCCUGCAGAACAACUGCAACAUGCUCAAUACUCUGCUCAGCAGGAGAGAGCUCCACCAGAAACAAAGGCUGCCUGUGUUGCCUUCAGUAGCCAGCAAGGUGCAGACACGGUAAUAAUGACAACUAAGGAUAUGUGGACUAUGACCUCUAUGAAUGAUUUAACCGCAGGACUGAAACCAGCUCUUGAGCGUAGAGAUGCCGAGGUACAAACUCUUCCAACCAUGGAAUGCAAAUCUGUGGCAACGAGCCCAGCGGCUGCAGCAGAAGGCCAUUCGCAUGUGUUCCCAGAGGUGAACCUGGAGCAAGACUUGGAGGCCCCCAAAUCUCCAGUACGUGAAGUGAGAUGGGAUGAUGAAGGAAUGACAUGGGAAGUGUAUGGGGCAUCUGUGGAUCCAGAAGUCCUUGGGUUAGCCAUUCAAAAACAUCUCGAGAUUCAAAUAGAACAAUUCCAGACAGAGCCUGCUGAGCUGGCUGGGAAAAGUAAUGAGGAGCCAUCUUCUGAUAAAAUGGGGAAAAAAAGGCCAUUCAGAACGAUGAUGCAUUCCCUGAGAUACCCAAGCUGUUGUGCUCGUUCCAGUACUGCAGUGGAGUGA